AUGGCCCCCUCUUCCUCUUCCCCUUCCUCCUCGUCAAGCUUGCCCCGGAGGCCAGCAUUGAACGGGCAUGCUCGUCAUUCAGGCGGGGAAGACGACGACGACCACGACGAGUCGGACCUCGUCCAACGACGACCUGAUCGUGUCACCAUCUACUGGCCAGCCGACCUCGCGCCGCUCACAGAAGGGUCUGCCCUCGUCGGAUGGACAUUCCAAGGUGGACCGGAUGAGGCCGUCGUUGUCGUUGCUGGGGCGCUAUCCGCCGACGAUGAACGUCAGGCAGAGGUCGCGUGGCUCCUCAGCCGACGAUUAGAUCGCAAAGGCAAGGGCAAAGAGCGAGAUGGGCCGACUCAGAGUACGGCGAAGUGGACGAUACAGCUAAGAGUAGUAGGCAGGGUGGUGGCCUCUGCGGGAAUGGAUGUGGACAAGGAGGACGCAUACAGCCAGGUCUGGAUGAAUGUAUCUCCUUGCGCCGAUGGGCCGCAAAUCAGACGGCGAAGGAGACGUCGACGGCCAUGGCAAAGAAGAGAAGAGAUAGGCCCCAUCAUCACGAGCCUCACCGUGGCCCCUGUUCGCAGCCUAGGCCCUCACCGUGCAACCUCGCCCACCACCACUGCAAUCAGCGUCGUCCUCUUCGACCCGCCAGACGAUACAAUGCUUCGCUUUCUCACCCUCGAGCCACUCGAUCUGCGUCGACGGUCGGGCGAGUCUCUUGCAGCCGCAUCACCCUGUGCGGAGGACCGCUUGGCCACAUUCUUGGCCGGCAACCCGCAACGUUGGUUCGAGAUCACCGGCGGCUUCCCUCCUGGCAUGGAGCCUGGCGCAGGCCUGCGAAGAGCAAUCGACUGCAUCAACAAGGUACGGCGAGCCCGCGAGCGACUCGAUCUGCGCAAGUCGCGUUGUGCUCCCGGCGAACGGAGUUCUCGACUAGCAAGCGUCGCCUCUGGCGCCCUCAUCAAUAUCACUCGCAUGGCCCAAGCUACGCUGUCUCAACCGCUACUCCUUCGCACACGGCGCGCACCCAGCCUGCUUACCCUCUCAUCCUCGUGCCGCCAACUCUCCCUCCGCCUCACGCAAAUCUCCUCCUUCCCCCGCCUUGCAGCCAGACUACGCCGACAACGCCAGCAGGAUACUCUGCCCGCUGCGGACCUCUCACGCGGCUACGUGAGCACAUGGAAUGCCCUCUGGCUGAUGGCCAAUGACGUCCUGCUCGGCAUGGCGAUGAGCGCCGUGCUCUCCGCGACGAAGGAGCAGGUGGCUGCGUGGAUAUCCGAGAAGCUCGUUGCCGGUCUGUUGGUGCGGGACGUGGUAGAGGCUUGUGGUUGGUUGGACGACUGGCCGGGUGGUCUCAAGCUGAACACGGAGCUCUCAAGCUUCUAUCGGGACAUGUACGUCGGCCUGACCACGUUGGCCGAGCAGACCAUACUCCAUCACUGCAUCGUUGUGCCCCUGCCCGCGCUGCUAGGCCUAAUCGCCCGCGCAGGGCAAUACGGGGGCGGCCUCGCCCUGCAAAUCUGCCUACUGGCAGACCUGGCCCGCCUAGCGACCCUGCACCUCCGUCUCCUUCACACCCUCGCCCGAAGCCAAUACGCGGCCCUUCUCCACCUGCUGGGCACGCUCCUCAACCUCUUCCGGGGUAAGAAAAGGACCCUCCUCUCCCCUCGCGCUUCUUCUUCAGGCUGGGAGCUCGUCAGCGCCCACUACGAUCUGGAUCAGCUGCUGCUCGGAGCAAUAUUCUUCACACUCGCCCUCUUCCUCGCACCGACCGUCGCCGUGUAUCACUACCUCUUCGCGAUAUCCGUCGCCGUCGCUGAGGGGAUGGUGCGCUUCGCCCUUGUCGAGGGGUUGGUGGAGGCGGUCAAUCAUUUACCGCUGCUCAGCCUUGUACUGCGCGUCAAGGAUCCGGGAAGGGUGCCUGGAGGGGUGUACUUCUGUGAGGAGAACAUCAGACGGAGCGGUACUGGACUGAGGUAUAGCGUGCGACGCCUUCACUCGCACCCCUUGGGAUGGGGGGACGUACUGCGCGAUGGGUUCGAGGGGCACUUCGUUGCUACGCUGGCUGGGCUGCCGGGGAUGGUGCGCAGGGUCUUUACAGGCGAGGAUGUGGCGCAGAGCUGA